AUGAAAGUAUCGUGGGUGUGGCAGCGGGGCAGCAAGGACAUGACAGCCAUGCCACAUCCGCGCCACCGCACUGCCAAGAAGCCCAUGUGGAUAAUUGUGCUACUGUCAAUUGUUUGUGUUUCGUUGAUCGGGGCUUAUGUCUAUCCUCCACGGCGCUACUCGACCUGUUACUUCUUUGCUUCAAGUGUUUGUACUCCCUUUAAGGAUUGGCUCCCUGCUGUGACCCGGCGGGAGCUGACCGAUCAAGAGGUUUUUUCGUCUGUGGUCAUCAGAGAUUUGCUUGCAAUGCCUAUGCCCGUGUCCAAGAAGCCAAAGAUUGCAUUUAUGUUCUUGACACCUGGUUCAUUGCCCUUCGAGAAAUUGUGGGAGAGAUUUUUGCAGGGCCAUGAGGGACGAUAUUCCAUCUAUAUCCAUGCAUCGCGUGAAAAGCCUGUGCAUUCUAGUCCUUUGUUUGUGGGCCGAGAAAUUCGCAGUGAAAAGGUAGUAUGGGGCAGGGUUUCAAUGGUUGAUGCAGAGAAAAGGCUGUUAGGAAAUGCAUUGCUAGAUAUUGAUAAUCAAUUUUUCGUCUUGCUUUCUGACAGGUUUUCAAUAAUUCUUGCAAAAGGGUUCCUUAGUCAGUUUUCUUCCAGUAUGUUAAUAUCCUUUUCUUUGCAUGGCAGCUGUAUUCCACUACAUACAUUUGAUUACAUCUAUAAUUAUCUGAUGGGAACAAAUGUUAGCUUCAUUGACAGUUUCCUGGAUCCUGGUCCUCAUGGAAGUGGAAGGUAUUCUAUAGAAAUGUUUCCUGAAAUAGAGCACAGGGACUUCAGGAAGGGUGCGCAGUGGUUUGCUAUAACAAGAAGGCAUGCUAUACUGAUUAUGGCAGACAACCUCUACUACGGUAAAUUCAAGCUAUAUUGCAAGCCAACAGUGGGACGGAACUGUAUCGCCGAUGAGCACUAUUUGCCAACCUUGUUCAAAAUAGUAGAUCCUGGCGGGAUUUCUAAUUAUUCAGUGACACAUGUUGACUGGUCUGAGGGGAAAUGGCAUCCGAGGUCCUAUAGAGCUGCUGAUAUUACCUAUGAACUCUUAAGAAACAUAACGUAUUUCAAUGAGAUUGUGCACAUUGCAAGUGAUGAGACUAGAACUGUGACAUCGACCCCAUGUAUAUUGAACGGAAGAAAGAGACCGUGCUUCCUUUUUGCAAGAAAAUUUUACCCAGAUGCUGUCAACAAUCUACUGAAGCUAUUUCCCAGUUACACAUCUGCUUGA